GCAAGUAUUAUAAUUUUUGUAAUAAAAGUAAUGCGCAAAGUUUGACAAAUUUCAUGUUGGCGACCCUUACUGUAUUUUCCUGAUACCAAAUAUUCUGGUAUUAAUUUCAAGGGCAUUUCUCUCAUUUAAAACAAUUGUUUUUUCCUCCAAUCGUGGCGUUAAAAAUAAAUAUUUAAUUAUUAAAAAGUGAGAUUAAUUGUCAAAAUGUCAUUUUUGUGUUGGCAACCUUGUACACACAAAUAAACACAAUUUCGGCCAAAUUUUCAAUUAAAUACUAAAUUCAAGUUAAAAACAUCCUACAAAAUAAUCCGUAAUUUUUUUUGAGGUUAUGUAACAAAAAGGGGUUCAAUAAAAAUGGCCCAAAAUCUACGUCGUGAGGUCUUAGCUGCUUUCAAGUCACUCCACAAGGCGCGAAAACAUGUUUUUCAAGGAGAUAAUAAUGCCUUGACCAAAGCACGUUCCAAAAUUAAUGAAGAGUACAAAAAAUGUAAAAACGUGACCGAUAAACACGCCAUAGAGGAACUAGUGAAUUAUUCAAAGGCUGUAGAAACUGAAUUAAGGGUUACUGUUAUCCAGGCUAGGGAAAUACAGCCUGGGCAAUACGAGGUUAGGUUGAGGGAGGAAAUUCCAAGGUUGGAGAAUGUGCCCUUUAAUGAGUGUGCCCAAAAGUCGAAAACCUGAAUUCUGAAUUGUUUUUUUUUUGGUAGAAUAAAUGGUUAGAAUUAGGAAA